AUGCGUGCCGAAAAUUCGAUAACUCCCGGUCGUUUUCGUAACCAAGUUGCAGUGGAAAGCACGAACACCAGUGUUAAGUCUCGUUUGGGAUUACGACGACCUGUGCCCUAUAGUCGUCCGGAGACUGGAAGACUGAGUGCCAAGGCACGACUCGGACCGGUCAUCCGUCAUCAGCGUCCGCACCGUUUGCAGCCCAGUAUUCGCAGCCCUCGUCUUGCGACGGACUCCGAACAAUCGUACGACGACCUGGACGAUCAAGUGGAUAUGGUUGAAAUUUUCGAAGGCGAAUUGGACGAAUCAAAUCCGACCGAAGAAACUCACGUUGAAAUGGAAUCAGAUGGGGACGGGAUGGAUCAAAGAUACGUGCGUGCGCAACUGACCAGUACAGACGACACGAAUGCUGCGGUCAAGACCCGUUUGAUUGAUCUAAUUAAUCAGAAGCAAUUGAUUGUGAACUUGAAUGAAACAGAUGAAGAUGAUGGGUUCAGUCCGGCUAAAGGUGCCGGAAAGAAGGCUAUUUCACAGAAAAGUGUAACAGAAAACACAGAACACCCACAUAUACCCAGGUGA